AUGAACUUCACGCCAGUCUACAUCGGAACACACCCAGUGGACUUGCCGCAGAGCUACCCGAUCAACACCAACCCAGUGCUGCCCGGCGUCGUCGACCCCGUCACACACGACGUCUCUACUUCCGACGACACACCUACCGGCCAUUUUAUCAACCAACAACGAUACGACACUUACAAAGAAAAGGUUCGUCCUCUGAGCAACUUUUGUGUCGCAAUAGUUUCUUGAAUUUAAAAAGAAAAUGACAUCAAAAAUCCAUCAAAAUUGGCUAUCGAUUCAUUUGGACCCUAAGAUAUGAAAUACACGAAAAAUACUCGUUCCAGGUCUUAUAAGCCUCCUUUUUUCUUCAACACGUGCGCCAUGAUCAAAAGAGGAAAAAAUUCAACUAAGAAUCUAAUAUUAGCCAACUUUCCAACAACGAUUGUACCGCUUCCCUCAUAUUGCUUUUUUUUUAAGAGCUUUUGAAAAUUUUUUUUCGUUUUGAACAUCCUCAUAGAAUAUUGACAGCGAAACAUAAAAAACGUUAAAUAAAAAACAAAAAUAUACGAAAAGAAGUCAGAAAAGGAUACGUUGGGAACUUUUGGUAGUAAAUGGGGAAGAUUGUAAAGUCGUCGUUGGAGACACCGCUAAUCUUCAUGCCGCGUUCAAAGCUAAUUUGACGCACGCACCAAAACAGUUUUUCUGGUUCAAAACCACGAGCCGAAACGCAGCGUAAAGCAGCAGGGUCCCACGAUGUGAUUUGGUCCGCCUUUUUGGAAAACAUCCAAUAUAAAUUUAUUUUUCAGAAUAAUGUUUUUUUGUCAGCUGGGCGGGGCCAACCAAUCACGUCGUGGGAAUCUGCUGCGUUUCGGCUCGUGCUUUUGAACCAGAAAACAUUUUCGCUGCGCGCGUCAAACACAAAGAAAAAAAUUUUAAAAAAAAUAAAUUUCAAAUAUUAGUUUCUCUAAUUUUUAGUGAAUAUUUUUGAAGUGCAGGGAGCAUAUAUAUAAUAAUACCUGUUAGCAAAAACAUACGUUGUUGAACAGAUCUUCAAAGCCUUUUCUUGAGACUUGAUACCUGAAAAUCCAAUUAUAAAAGUUAUAAAAACUUCUAGCAAAAAACAAUCUAUGCAGCGUUUUUUUUUCAAAUUUUCUAUAUGAAAAGCACAAUAGAGACAAGCAAGAGAAGAACAAAACAAUAAAAAAAAUACUGAGACCCAAUUUUUGGAAAGUUGAAACUGAAGCAAUCACAGAAAAACUUCCCAAUCUGUAAAAUUCUAAACACCAUCAGAAAACCAUUGAAAAAAAUUGAGUUAGAGCCGUCCAUGGGCUCGACGUCGAGAGCUAUUGAGCAGAGUUUGAAAUUAAGAUACAGAGCGUCUUGAAAUUACCUAUGGCGUGUCCAUCGGAGAAAUGGAACAUUCUUCAAAACGAAAAAUCAUGUUCAUCGGCGCGCCAAAGUUGCUCUAAAACAGUACUAGAUUUUGUUUUGAAGCAAUUUUUUUGCGUUUCGAAGCUAUUUUCGUUUUGUCCGAUACACACGUCAUGGCGUUUGUACACUAAGAAUAACUGACGAGAAACGCGAGUUCGGUGACGGUAAAUUGACGUACUCGCAAAAAUCUCGCUUUUUUCUAGGCGCGAUCUCGCAUUUAUCUCGGCGCGAUCUCGCAUUUUUCUCGGCGCGACCGCGCAUUUAUCUUGCAUUUCAGAAAAUUUUCAAAUUGCGAGAGAAGCUCGCGCCUAGAAAAGUGCAAGACCAGCGCGAGAAAAAAAGCGAGUUGUUUGCGAAAUCGUCAAUGUACCGCCAGCGUCUCGCGUUUAUCUCGGCUCGUCAAAUAAGAUGUUUCUGGUGCAUUUCCCGCUGACGAAAACUUACAUACUGCCGAAGUUUUUAGAAUUUUUUUUUAAAAAUGGAUCAAUAUCAAAACGGAAAAAAAAAAAUCAAAUUUCCAUUGAAAUAUAUUUUAAAUAUUUUAAAAUGCUUUUAUUGUUGCUCAAAGCAAUGCCAGUCAUAAAAUAAAAUGAAGCAGUUUUGCACAAGACUUGUUCUGCGCCAUUUGGGUUCAGGCUGGGUUGGAAAAAAAGGGUGUUAUGAUAACUUUUUUUCUCUAAAUAAAAUAUGUUGUAAAAAAACGAUUUAUAGGAUUUUUUUGAAAAAAAAAACUGAAUAGCAUCAUUCGCCGUUUUUGAGAUACGGUGGCUCAAAGGAUUACAGUAAAAACCUUCGAAAAUCUAUAUUUCGUCAAAAAAUCAACGAGUCUCGAGUCUAAAAUAUUCGGAGACAUCCUUCGGGUGCCAACAAAACUCGGAAAACCCCAGUCGCCAUCGUGGGGGAGCCACGAAACAAAAGUAUUUGGGUUUCCCCCGCACUUUUUCAUAAUUUAAUCAACCUAAACUCAACAAAAAUUUGAAAAUUCAAACGAUCAAAAUUUUUUUUCACUGAAAAACAUAUUCCCCAACUGUGUGCGAAAGAAACUUGAGUUUUUCUGUCAUCAAAAGCUUAACUAGAGUUAUUGAGACCUCAAAAGGUUAUGCCGUGUUCAAAGUAAUUUCCGCGAAAUGCAAAAUACCCGUUAGGGAAAGGAAAAGAUCACUAAAUUUUGGAGAGUCAGAGAUCAUUUUGCAUUUCGCGGAAAUUACUUUGAACACGGCAUUAGAAAUUCGAGAUAAUCAAAAUAUGAUUUCUGAAGGUUAAAAACCCCAGUCCCCCACGAUGGCGACUGGGGUUUAUUAUUCUUUUUAGUCAACAUAAGCUAAAGCCAAAAUUUUCAAUAAUUUCGGAAUCUUAUAACUUCUGAACUAACAUGUUAAAUCAGACUGAACUACUCUCAAAACACGCGUUCUAUGCACUAGUUUACGAACUUGACUGUCCCAAAGAACAAAAAAAAUUUACUGAAAUAGAGAAACGGAAAAAAAACCUUGAAAAAAUGACCAAAACCGACAAAACGGGUAAAAAAGAAUUGAAUAUCGCGGCAAAGGGCAGAGUUUAAACGCCCCACUCCGACAUUGGUAUAUAACGCGAAACGGACGUGCUCCGGACGUUUCUGGUCAAUUCUAGGGAUCACUUAAGAGCGCUGAGGCUACUAAAGUAGCCACUAAAAAUGCCCCGACACGUCGGAUUCGCGUCCUGUUCGCGGUACCAAGGUGUGAGCACUGCGUGGAUUCGCCAUGACGCCACCAAUCUUCUCGCGAAAAGUAAUUUUCAGCAGUUGUGUCGCUGUGUUUGCACGCAUGCGAAUACCGUACAAAAGACGUUAACGUUUAACGACAGCCUUCGACAUGCUUUCAUUACCUUCACGAUCUGCUCCAGUAGUAAUAUCAAAGAAGUUGCGAACUCUAGGAAAAAUGUUGAAAGAAGGAAAAACCUCUGAAAACAUGUCUUUCUUAAAAUUUAUAAAAAAAUCUUUCAAAGUUUUUUUGCAGAUAGGAAACUUUGCCAAUGAUGAUGGAGCAACGUGCUUUCAAACAACGGAUACGAUUGGAAAAGAAAUGACUGCUCGCAUGGGAACCAUUUCAGGACACUGA